ACAUAUUCGCUUCGUGAAUGAAGGGGUCUGUAGAAUGGACAGUGACCGUCGUCUACUGGCUAACAACGAAAAGCAAGAUCCUUCGACUGAUUAAGUAUCUAUACUAUUGUUAAGUUAAAUGAGUGCACAAUGGCUCAUCCACUAGUAAAUGUCCCAAUUAUAAGAAGUGCUAGUUUAGAUUGAAGCACUCGUUUACGUUUUUCCACGUCGUACAAAAGAAUCGUUGUUUUACCGAGUUGCUCUCAUCAAUAGCGACAACGCCAGCUACAGCGGCCCAACCAGUCAACCGCUUCAGAUGCGCUAAAACAGUUCGCCAACAAAGGAAAAUUCAGAGCCUUAAGAAGCAUGAACGAGUGUGCCACGAAGACAACGAUCUAGCGCCUAGGGCAUGCGAAACUGAUCUGUCCAUGAAUGUAAAAAUCAGCAGCGUUAGCCAUUUGAUGACUGUGUCAUUGUAGAAAGGGACUAUAGAUGAUGAAAAGCUCGUAGGCGACGCAGCCUCUUAACCGAAACGGUCAAACAAGCCGGACCGAAUAAGCGUCUAGAGGCUUACGAUACGUUUAUAUUUUUCAUUUAAGCUGGCAGAUGAAAACAAUUCGUAUCAAAUAUACAUACAUAUAGUUUAGUCUAUAUAAUAGAUAAUAUCUAGUGUAUAGCAAUUACAUCAAGGGAAACCUUAGUAGACGGUUCUCAAAAUUGCCGUUCCUUCUCACUACUUAGAACACACCUCAGCUUACAUCUCGGCACGUGACCAUGGCGUAUAUUGUUCACGAUUUGUUAGUGUUUCUGACGAUGCGCUUGCCUUGUGAUGGGUUUUCUGAAGGUUGAGGUAACGGCCAUGAAGACUGCUGUGUGCAUGUACGAGAUGAACGAUGCUCGUAACGUUCCUAGCUCUCGUAGUAUUGGUUGUGCAAUAUCCACAGAACCUACCAGCGCUGCCAGUAGUACACCAGUAGCUGCCAGUAGCUGUCAAGAACUACAUCCACAACUACAUCUAUCCACACCAGCGUAUCCGCCGAUCACGCGUAUGUCUCGCAGGCACCUCCACAAUCGGAAGUAUGUCAGAGCUCCAAGGUACUGCACAUCAAGGUACCAUGUCUACCAUCCUCAGCGACAGCAUUUUCAACUUGUCCUCUGCGAACCCGGGCUUAUGGUUUCGGCACGGAAUGUGAAGACCACAAUUUACACCCCAAAGCCGCUGAUUGUCUCGACUGGCAACGAUAUCGCACAUGUUUUACAACACAGAAAUGAGACUAGACAGACGUCAAUGCCUCUACCACGCCAGUAUCAAUUUACUGGCAAGCAGGUGAUCUGCAGGUCGACAAGGUGCCUUCUGCAAAAUGAUGUAACAUGCGUCCUAUUCGGCAACCAGGCGCACAGCACGGCCGUGCAUUGCACGUCGAGCUAUUUGCCAUCAGGUUACGAGUUCGGUCAAACUCGUAUUCAUAACUGUGACAAUAACAACAGCAGUGACACUAAGCCCUGCUUCCUAGAGUAUACCCUUAUUAAAACAGGCCCAUCUUAUCCUGGUGACGAAAACGACCACAUAUCCAGCGGGAUCCUUUGGAGCUUAUUUUUUCUUACGUUCUUGAUGGUUGGCUGCUUCAUUUACUGCUGGUCGUACCAGUUAGAGUCAUUUCGAUGCCCCCCUCCCCUUGACUAUCCAGGCUACCCGCAGUUCUACGCUCACUACCCGCGGAGACCUAUUUACUACGUUUAUGCUAAAAGAGGGCGACCCAAUCAGAAGCGUAGCUCCGCAGCAAAUAAAUCCACCGAGGACACUGACACGAAAGCUAUGUCAAUAGGUAGCAAUAAUGACUAGCCGGCGAACAUGGCUAAGCUGUUUAAAAGCAGCUCUCGCGAAAACUAUCGAGAAAACAGUCAUGCACCUAUUAAAAACAAUUCACAAGAGAUCAUCAGCAGCUUAAAGACAAGCUUUUUCCUAAAGCACUGAAUCUGUCUCAUUUUGCAUGGCUUGAAUUUCGUUUCUCUAGCUUACCAAAGCCUCUGUUGCCAAAAGCAUAUUCUACAUGAAACGUGCACUUCUAUACGUGUAACAUUAGCGUACACGUGUGUAUGUGUGUGUAUAUAUAUAUAUAUACACACGUGUAUAUAUAUAUAUAGAGUGGGCGGAUUAGCUAAUUAGAACUGCAAGGGAAAGCAGAUGGAUAUGUACGACCAUUUUUUCAGACCAUCGGCAUUCAAGCAAACGCAGGAUCUUGUACAAAAUUCAUUCAUUCAUUCGUUCGCUCAUUCUAUCUAUAUGAUAUAUGCCACUAAUCAUAAUUGGCAUAAAAUUGCAAAAAGUACAAGUGACAACCGAAAGCCCGGUUAUUUUCAGUUUACA